AUGAAGUUUAAUUAUAAUUUUAUAGGAGAUCGAGAAGAACUUCAAUUAGCUCUUCUCCUUUAAAUUGGAACAAAAACUCUAUUUCCAUUUAAAAGGGAGGUAUUUUUUUUUGAAAUUAUAUUAAAUUUUCCCUAUAAAAAAUUAUAAAUUGAAAGCACUAAUUUAGUUUUAUGAAAAUUGCAUAAAAUUAAAUAGACUCAGCGUGAAAGCUAUUUAAAUAACAUUUUACUUGCACUUUUCCAAUAAAUUAAGUCAAAAAUAAUUUUAUAUAUUUUUUCAUCUAUAAAAUAAUUAUUCCAAUUUAAGAGUGUUAAAAAUAAAUAGAAAUUUUAUCGAUGUUUUGUUCCAUUUUAAAGUGGGAGAGUAAGGGCAACAGGAACUGAAUUUAAGCCAGCUUUUAGAUUAAAGCCAUCAAAAAGAGGUGGCCUCUGCCUCAAAAACUGAAGUCAGCCUCCGAUCAUAUUACUUCAAAAGGUGCAAUUAAUUCCACCUCUCAAUUUAGCACACAAUAUUGAUUUUAAUCCAGUUCGCAAAAUCUUAAGAAGCUCGGAACUGAAGGAUAGUCAUUGAGAGAAAUCUAGGUCUGCAACCUAUUAA